CGCUGGCCACACUUCUUAAACAGCUGUCCUCCUUCCAAUUUGUAAUUGUGUGCUAAUUUUGAUUAUCAACAAAUUUCCUGAUGUAAUAAAUAAAUUCGCAAACGAUUGGAGCAACCCAUUCAAGACGUCGACCUCGCGCAUUCGGUGGUGUUUUGGUUGCGUGUUGUUGAGAGCCAGGAACAGGAAUCAAAAUACCAAUUCAUUCAGAAUGUUGGUGAGCGCAGUGGUUCAACCGCCCCCACGGCCCCCAUCCGAUUCAACGAACUCGAGGCUCCCGCUGAUCCACCACCACCAACAAAAGAAAGCGUCGGAAAAUGCGCGCGAAGCUAUGCUCAUCGAGGAUGAAGUGCACGGUGUAAUAGAACUUCCUAGUCAUAUACAGGAAAUAGUGGAGCAUCCAUUGUUCCAGCGUUUGAAGAAGGUUAACCAACUGGGCCUUAUACCAUUGUCCCUUAACAAGAAUGCUAAUCACAAGCGCUACGAUCACUGCCUUGGAACAUACAAGAGUGCCCAGGACCACCUAAGAGCCAUCGAACGAAACUCACACUAUGAGCCAAAACUACCACAAUGGUGUCGUCAAGCUGUGGAAAUAGCUGCUCUACUUCACGAUAUUGGCCAUGGGCCAAUGUCACAUGUUUGGGAACGUCUUUGUGAUCAUGAAUUUGAUCACGAGGAGAAUGCACUAGUUUGUGUGGAUCGAAUUUUCGAGGAAGCUUGUAGCGAGGAGCUGGUCUCCUUAAGGGACUAUGGAAGUGGACGAGGAGUGCAGCUAAUAAAGGCUUUAAUUCUCGGCUGCAGCGAUUCUUUAUCAUUUCCCAUGAUGAGCCAUAACUACAUCUUCGACAUUGUUCAUAAUAGUCGUUGUGGUCUGGAUGUGGAUAAGUGGGAUUACCUGAGGCGGGAUAACAAGCGUCUGAAAUUACUUAGCUCCAAAGAAAUGGAUUUUGAUGAUGUAUUUCUGAAGGCACGCAUUUCAGCGGACGGCCAACGUAUUGAAUAUCGUUAUCAAGACUACCAUCGUAUCUAUCGUUUGUUUGAAGCCAGAUUUCGACUCCAUGUGGAAAUGUACCAGCAUCCUUUAAUUUGUGCUAUGGAUUCUAUUUUCGCUGAAUUGGUUGCCAGAGUGACUCCAGAAAAACUAAAUAUUCGAUCAGAAUCGCCGGAAUGGCUGGACUUGCACGACGAAAACAUAUUAAAACUCGUUGAAUGUGAUCCAAUGGCUAUUUAUCUGCAGGAACCUAGAAAAGUUGUCGAAGUGCCAUCCGACGGUUUUCAAGGGAAAAAUAUCCUAAAAGUUCAAAGGAAAAUACCGGGACCUGGCUUUAAUAUGCAAAAUGAGGAUUUUGCUUUCUUUGGAAACAAACGGAACAAGCGCAAAAUCGACCAAUGCCUGGAAACCACAAUUAUCAGCAAGAUCUAUAAGUUACUUUAAGAUACAUCAUCCAGACCCAGAUUAUAGGAUAGUUCUUGUUACAAAAACAGAAAGAUGCUAACUUGUGGCUUUGAUUUUUCGUUGAUAUAUUUUUUAAUAAACUUCAUUUAGUGACAUUAUGUAUGUACUCGUUAGGUAUAGCUUCGUUUCACUGUUAUACCAUAUUAUGUUAAACAAUCGUUGAUUUUAUCAGUUAUUCAGAUUAAGUUUCUGUUUCAUUUUGCUUCCACUGCCAAUGAAGGAAAUCAAUGGUUUCUUAAAAUAUUCAUUUAUUAGUUUAUACAAUGUAUUAUCGUAAUUCUUAAACAACUAAAAUACUAAAACAAAAAUUUCAACAGUUCACUUGAAGACAUCACAAUUCAAAUUCAGGUCAUUCUAACAUUAAGUACUUACUAAUCAAUAUAAAUAUAAGCUGGAUCUGUCAUAUUUUUGAUAACCACUUUGAAAAUAUACACAAGAGAAAACAA